UAGGGACUAAUCUCAUCUUUUUAUUUCCCAAAAUACCCUUCUCCACUUUAACAAUAAAAGCUCCCUUUUAAUUUAAACUGCCACUAACAUAAAAACAUUAUAAAAAAAAAACCAGGCCUGGGUCUCCACCUCCAAUGGCGUCCAUGGCGACCCUUUUCGCCAAAACUCCGUACCCAUCUCAUGCUCUCCCCAAAACCUUCAAUACCCAUUUCACGCCAAGUCUCAAAGUUUCCUUUUCCCGUUGUUCCGGGUCCCGGGCUGGGAGGAGGCUCCGGGUUUCCUGCGGUUUGAUCGAACCGGACGGUGGGAAGCUCGUGGAGCUCUUCGUUGACGAGUCUCUGAGGAGAGAGAAGAAGAAAGAAGGUCUGGACUUGCCCAGAAUCAAUCUCUCCCGGAUCGAUCUCCAAUGGGUCCAUGUACUCAGCGAAGGUUGGGCCAGCCCUCUUCGUGGGUUCAUGAGAGAAUCCGAGUUCCUCCAAACGCUUCAUUUCAACUCGCUCCGACUCGAUGACGGGUCGGCAGUGAACAUGUCGGUGCCGAUUGUUUUGGCCAUCGACGAUUCGCAGAAACGCCGUAUUGGCGAGUCGACCCGAGUUGCUCUUGUUGACUCGGACGAUCAACUGGUGGCGAUUCUUAAAGAUAUUGAGAUCUACAAACACCAUAAAGAAGAACGGAUAGCAAGAACUUGGGGAACCACCGCCCCUGGCUUGCCUUAUGUUGAUCAAGCUAUAACCAAUGCUGGGAAUUGGUUGAUUGGGGGUGAUCUUGAGGUUUUAGAACCCAUCAAGUACCAUGAUGGCCUUGAUCGAUUUCGGUUCUCUCCUGCUGAACUACGUGAGGAAUUCACAAAGCGCAAUGCUGAUGCUGUGUUUGCUUUCCAGCUUCGAAAUCCUGUGCACAAUGGCCAUGCUUUGCUGAUGACUGAUACCCGUCGCCGGCUUCUGGAGAUGGGUUACAAGAAUCCUAUCCUCUUGCUCCAUCCUUUGGGAGGCUAUACUAAGGCGGAUGAUGUUCCACUUAGUUGGCGAAUGAAGCAACACGAAAAGGUUUUGGAGGAUGGUGUUCUUGAUCCAGAGACGACUGUGGUUUCCAUAUUCCCCUCUCCAAUGCACUAUGCUGGCCCAACUGAGGUGCAGUGGCAUGCAAAGGCCAGAAUAAACGCAGGGGCAAACUUUUACAUCGUUGGUCGUGACCCCGCUGGUAUGGGACAUCCGAUUGAGAAAAGAGAUCUAUAUGAUGCUGACCAUGGAAAGAAAGUAUUGAGCAUGGCACCUGGACUGGAGCGGCUUAACAUUCUUCCCUUUAAGGUUGCUGCGUAUGACAAAACUCAAGGAAAAAUGGCCUUCUUUGAUCCAUCAAGACAUCAGGACUUCAUCUUCAUAUCCGGCACCAAGAUGCGGACACUUGCGAGGAACAAAGAGAAUCCACCAGAAGGUUUUAUGUGUCCUGGUGGUUGGCAAGUGCUGGUUGAAUACUAUGAUAGUUUGGCAGUUCCCGCAGAGAACAGCAAAGUCAUCCCGGAAGCUGUUCCAGCUUAGAUAGAUUUUUGUUGCAACAUAAUAUGUAAUACCAUCUGAUUGGGAGAAACCUUAAUUACUAAUAUUCUCCUGUGUAAUCCAGGUUGUUGCUACAAGUUGUGUCAAGUUUUUCUUAAUAAAAAGCAUGUGAGGCUUUGGUACAGAAACAAAACUUGCCUCAUCUGUAAUUAGUGCCCAAAAUUGCAUCUUGCACUCUAGUGCAUUUGUGCAUGAGGGCGCAUUGUAUCAUAUUGGGGUUGCUUUUCAUGUAGGAGAUUAAUUGUGCUGCAAUGUCUUAUUUCAAUAUUGGAAUGCUCAAUCAACUGAUUCUGUUCAUAA